AUGGAGCGGCCCGAGCGGGCUGCGGCGGCGCCGGGCGCUCAGCCCCGUGCCAACGGCUGCAGCGGCGCGGCCCACGGAGGGCUCCGCAACGGCUACGUGCGCGGCCUGCCCGCAGCCGACACCCAGAUAGAUCACAUCGUGCACAAUGGAGGAUUAUACAAAAGACCUUUCAAUGAAGCUUUUGAAGAAACACCAAUGCUGGUUGCUGUGCUGACCUAUGUAGGCUACGGUGUUCUCACACUCUUCGGGUAUCUGCGAGAUUUCAUGCGGCAGUGGAAGAUUGAGAAGUGUCAAAAUGCAAUAGAAAGAGAAGAACAAAAGGACUUUGUCCCAUUGUAUCAGGACUUUGAAAAUUUCUAUACCAGAAACCUCUACAUGCGCAUUCGAGACACCUGGAACCGUCCAAUUUGCAGUGUGCCAGGGGCCAAAGUGGACGUGAUGGAGAGAGUUUCCCAUGACUAUAACUGGACAUUCACGUACACGGGGAGAGUGAUAAAAGGUGUUAUUAAUAUGGGUUCUUAUAACUACCUUGGAUUUGCACAGAACAAUGGGACUUGCCAGCAGGCAGCAGCUAAAGUUCUGUCCCAGUAUGGAGCUGGGGUGUGCAGCAGUAGGCAAGAGAUGGGAAACUUGGACAAACAUGAAGAGCUGGAAAAGCUAGUUGCCAGAUUUCUAGGUGUGGAAUCUGCCAUGGCAUAUGGCAUGGGAUUUGCAACCAACUCUAUGAACAUUCCAGCCUUAGUAGGCAAGGGCUGUCUAAUUUUGAGUGAUGAACUGAACCAUGCAUCUCUAGUACUUGGGGCAAGACUGUCAGGAGCAGCUAUUCGAAUCUUUAAGCACAACAAUAUGCGAAGCCUGGAGAAGCUGCUGAAAGAUGCUAUUGUGCAUGGGCAACCUCGUACACGGAGGCCCUGGAAAAAAAUUCUUAUCUUGGUGGAAGGAAUAUACAGUAUGGAGGGAUCCAUAGUCCGUUUGCCUGAAGUGAUUGCCCUUAAGAAGAAGUAUAAAUCCUAUCUGUACCUUGAUGAGGCUCAUAGUAUAGGUGCACUGGGUCCUACUGGUCGGGGUGUAGUGGAGUAUUUUGGACUCAAUCCUGAAGAUGUGGAUGUUAUGAUGGGAACGUUUACCAAAAGCUUUGGAGCUGCUGGAGGAUACAUCGGGGGCAAGAAGGAGCUGAUUGAUUACCUCAGGACUCACUCUCACAGUGCUGUGUAUGCAACAUCACUAUCACCUCCUGUUGUGGAGCAAAUCAUCACCUCCAUGAAGUGCAUUAUGGGUGAAGAUGGUACAACUUUUGGGAGAGAGUGUGUGCAGCAGCUAGCAGAGAACACAAGGUAUUUCAGGAGACGACUGAAAGAGAUGGGCUUUAUCAUCUAUGGAAAUGAAGAUUCCCCUGUUGUGCCUCUGAUGCUGUACAUGCCAGCAAAAAUUGGUGCAUUUGGGCGUGAGAUGCUGAAGCGGAACAUUGGUGUUGUGGUUGUGGGCUUCCCUGCAACUCCCAUCAUCGAGUCCAGAGCCAGAUUCUGUUUGUCUGCAGCUCAUACCAAAGAGAUGCUUGAUACGGCUUUAAAAGAAAUCAAUGAAGUUGGGGACCUUUUGCAACUUAAAUAUUCCCGUCACCGUUUGGUACCUCUCUUGGACCGGCCAUUUGAUGAGACUACAUAUGAAGAAACAGAAGACUGAUCUCCCUCCAUAUGCCUUGUUGGGAGGGACAUACCCCCGUGGGACGCUCUGUGGCAUGCAAGCCACAGUGUGUGAACAACACACUUCUGACUGCUCAGUGUAAAAGACAUUUCCUCUCAAUACUGAAGUGGCCACCAUCAACUCUAAAUGGCAUUUUGUAAAUAGAGAGAGGAGGAGGAGGAAAAAAAAAAAAGCUUUGAUUCAUGUGUCUUCAGGGUCUGGCCCUAGAGGUGCUUGGCUUUAUUUCUUCAUGUUGCUUUUUUUAUUUAUUUGUCUCAAUAAGUUCACAGCAAUCCACGUUGGCUGUGACUGAUGAGCUCAGUUUUUGUAUGCACCAAUAGCCUCCCAGAUGCUGGCUGAGAUGUUGUGAGCAUGUGUGAUGCUGGCAUGGCAGCAUUUCCAGUGUCACUGCUACAUGUCUGACCUUGUAGUAAGGGGUGAGCUGACCUGUCUGUUGAUUGGAGACUUCCUAGAGAAACUGUUGAUUGCUAACUUUGACGUAUUUAACAAGACUGAUAAUCAACCAAAGCUUUUUUCUUUUGCUGUUACUUGCUUAAAACUUGAAUAUAGCGUUUUUUAAAAUAAAUGUGUUGCUGACGCAUCACUGACAGGACCAUUGUUCCCAAACAUUAUUUAGUUUUACAAGUCUCAGGCAGUAAGACUUCUGGGACUCCAACUACUUUUCCUUCCCAGUAUGGAUACCAGAUUGUCUCCUGGGUUUGACAAUAAUUAUCCUCUUCAAAUAGGGUAAGUGAUGGAGAGAUUGUAUUGUUGCUAGUGAAUUUUAAAAUGGGGAUGAUUCGUCUUUUGUCUGACGUACUUCUGUGGCUUUUUGUUUUGUUUUGUUUUUUAAGCUGGUCUUAAUGUGUAUUGCUUUCUUGAUUUCUCAUCUUCACAUUUCUUUGUCUUUGCUUUAGAACUAGUAUGAAACCACAAAAAAGCAUAUCUAGUAGCUGCUAGGUUCUGGAAAGAUGUUCUUGGAAUUAAGUAAACUAUAGCAAGUGUUCUGCUGCUUGUUAAGUCUAGGACCUCUGAAUAAUCAGACUUACGUGAUGGAUUGGAACUACUUAUCUCAUACAGGUCUGUGAAAGAAUGAUUGCUACCCUCUGCCACACUAAUUCACUGUUUCUUGUCAUGUAUGGGAUUUUCUUGUUGUGCAAGGCUUUUAUGCAGAAAGUAUGAACAGCCUGGAUCUGUAUCAAAAUGCUUCAGCUAGCCAGCAAAGUCUCAGUUGGUAGCUGCAUAUCAUGUAUAUGUAGGCCUUCCCUGAAAAGCAAAUGUCUUCACAAUUGCGAUUAGUUUGAGAUGGUUAUUUUUUUGUAUUUCUGUUACUGUGACAUCUGUUCACUGAGCCAAUUGCUGUUAAUCUUUUCUUUCCAAAUUCCACACUGUCCUACUCUGAUCGAAGUUUUGAAUAGCCUCCUUUGCUUUAGCACACCUUGGAAAUGGACUAUAUCAUAGUCAUUGUGUCUUGAGUUUUUUCAGUAAGCAAAAUGGAUUGCUUAAGUGAUACCAAAAAAUGUUACAACCAGGAUCAGUUGCAGGAUAGUUCUUGGUGUGUUUUGUUUUUUCCUUUUUACAUACUCCUUCCUCCUUCCAGGCAUACAGAUUAUCUGCAGGAAUACUAGUGCUUUAACGUUGCAUAAUUUGGGUUUGGGUUAGCAUGAUGUUCUUUGCAGAAGUUUUUAAACAAAUUCUUCACCUUAAAGUUAAAGCAAACUGCAGUCCAAAGUAAUGUGGUGUUUAUAUAAGUUAUUUUAUGUUCCUUCUUGCAAGUAACAGGGAAAAAGCUCUUUGGUCCCUGGAACCAAGCAGUUCCACAAGUACAUAUUGUUGAUUAAAGCAGAAUUGGUUUCUCUUA